GUCAUUUACAAAAUCAGCAGGAAAAACAAUGCCUCACUUGUCUUCCAUGUGUUCCGAACUCAUUGGCUUUUCCUGUUCUUUUAAGUCUUGCUUUUUAGCAACACAAGGGCAUAACUAUAUAUUUUAUUCAUGGUUUUCUUCGUCCUUAUGCACGCUUUCUAGUAUUAUAUAACUGCCCCAACUGCUUCAACUCCUCUUACUACUCCUCUUUCAGCUCUUCCAAGAAAAAGGAAAGAAAGCAAUUAAGAUGAUUAAGUUGAGGUCAAUGAGGUUUAGCCGAAGCAGCUCCAAGCUUGGAAAUGGGCACAAAGCAACACCACCCAUUGAAAAGGAUUGCAGAAGCAUUGGUGAAAUCCAAUGGGAACUUAGGCCUGGUGGCAUGCUUGUUCAAAAAAGGAAGAGUAACCAAAGUGCAGGGGAGGGAAUGAUCACAAUUAUAGUGUCAACUAUGUCACAAUCUCAAGAAAUUUCUAUUGAGGCCACAUCAACUUUUGGAGAAUUGAAAAUGAUUCUUUCACUGGUAACAAGUUUUGAGCCCAGAGAGCAAAGGCUUCUCUUCAAGGGUAAAGAGAGAGAUGAUGAUGAAUAUCUACAUAUGGUUGGGGUUAGAGAAAAGGACAAGGUUCUUCUGUUGGAGGAUCCAGCAAUAAAGGAGAAGAAACUGCUUGGCUUAAGAGACCAACCCAUUAACAAUCCUAGUCGUGCCAUCAGUGUAUGACUAAUUAACCAAACUCGUUAAUUUUAAUUAGUAUUAACCACGACGGAAGCUUGAGAAAGUUUAUUAAUGUAGUGAUACCUUUUCUUCUUCUUUUUGCAAUAGAUUAGGAACUUAAUUAUGUCCUUAUGUCUGGAGCCUUCGCUCAAUUAAAAAUGUUGAGUUGAUGAAAUGAUAAGUCAUCCUGCGUAGUUUGAUUACUUGUA